UUUGUCUUUUGGGUGCUAAUGAGAAAAAUUAUUCAAAAGUGAUUAAUGAAUUUGAAUGGAAGCUAAAGCUAGAUGUGCAUUUUAAUACUAUGGGUAAUGACACUUUGGUGAGGUGAAUUGGCAUUGAGGAUUUUUUUUGGAUGAUUAUUGAUAUUCAGAAUGGCGCUACCCAAACUACCACCACUGAGUUGUUCGCCCAAAGUCAACCAAGUGCUGGAAUGUCCCCUAGUCGAUGCGGUAACCACCAAUCUGUUGGCACCGGUGAAAACGGAACGACAAAUUUGGGAGAAUUCCAUGUUGGAGGACGAUCCCAAUGCUAAUUGUGAAGUGGUUCCAGAACCUAGAGAAGGAGGUCCGAGAUGGGGACCACAACAUAAGGGGGCGCAAGAGUUGGCGAAUUUAUACAGUCAAGGAAAACGUAUUCAAGAAUGCAUCUGCGUAGGCAUCUGUCUAACACUGAUGGCUGUGAAUUUCGUGUUUAUCUUGUUCCACAUACAAAUCGAAAGACUGAGCGCCAUCUUGAUGGCAGCAUUUUUUGGCAUUUUAACAGCUGACUUUUGUUCAGGAUUGGUGCACUGGGCCGCAGACACCUGGGGCUCUGUCGAACUACCAAUCAUAGGAAAGAAUUUUCUCCGUCCAUUCCGUGAACACCACAUCGAUCCCACAUCGAUAACUCGUCACGAUUUUAUCGAAACAAACGGCGAUAAUUUCAUGGUAACCAUUCCGUUCCUAGGCAAAAUGCUCUGGGAUUUUUGGGUACUCUCCGAGGAUGACGUACAAAAAAAAUUCACCUGGAACUGUUACGUAUUUCUCUUGGCCAUUUUCGUCGCUAUGACUAAUCAGAUUCAUAAAUGGUCUCAUACCUAUUUCGGUUUGCCAGGUUGGGUGGUAUUCCUGCAAGAACACCACAUAAUUCUACCAAGACGUCACCACAGGAUACAUCAUGUGGCGCCACACGAGACCUACUUUUGUAUUACCACAGGAUGGUUGAAUUGGCCAAUGGAAAAGUUGCAUUUUUGGAGCGCUUUCGAAUGCCUCAUCGAAGCUGUAACUGGAUGCAAACCUAGAGCCGAUGAUCUCAAAUGGGCUGAAAAACGGAAAUAGUGAAUGAUGUGCAUAAUGUGUAUUUAGUAAAUUUUAGUAUAUUUACGGGUCCAAAUCCAAAUAUUAGUAUGCAAAUUUAACAUUAUUUUACCAAAGGUAUUUAACUAUCAGACAACAGAAUAGACGAAACAGGUGUAAAUGGUUUUUGUAAAAAAGAACUAAUCGGUGAUGAUUUAGCAGAAGCUAUUGAAGAGAUUCCAGAAAUUGAAAUAAUAGCUUUUGAAAGGGUUGAUAAAAUUCUGGAGCCUGACAUAGUUUAGGAGACUUCUCAAAACAACAGAAGUUGCGAAAAAAGGUAGAACUUAUUGAACCAGUAUUUGAGUUAAGAAGACAACCAUUUAAAAAUUAUGUAAGGGAUAUAUUAUUAACCCUUUAAAAAGAGAAAAGAGCUCUAGAUCAUUCCAGCAAAAGUAUAAAAAUAAAAAGAACAUAUUAUGGAUAAAUAGGUAGAGUUUACUGAAACAUGAGUUGUAAGUUGUUCAUAGGUUUUUCAGGAGUGGAAACAUCUACAUUAGCGGACAAAACAACUGUUGAAAUAGGCGUAACAGAGAAAUGAGUAACUAAUAAAAUUCUAAGAGUUGCAGAAGACGAGUGAAAACUGAAAUAAGUUAUUUUAGAAAAAAAAAAGAUAAUACAAAGAAGAUUUAACCUAAAACAAAAUGAUAAAGCUUGGAGCAAUCAUGUACCCUUGACUUGAAACAGACUAAAACUAACCACAAAUGUAAUUAUUGUAAACAAAUCGAUCAAAAAUAUAUUUACACCUGUUUUCUGUUCUGCCUAUAGAAAAAAAGAACUACCUACGUGUGUGAGUGAUUUUAUUUACAAGUGAAUGAGAGAUGUUUAUCAAUUAAUUGAACUAUAGUUAUUUGGUUUAUACAGCUUUACAUACCUACAAAGUUAUUCUGAGCUUUGAGCAAAGAACUGAAAUUUUUAUAUUAAAUUUUAAAAAAAGUAUCGAGCAUUUCUCAGAGUAGGUAUACAUAUACGUUAUGGUACAUAAUUCGAAAAAAAUCCAAUUGUAAAUAACAUUAUUCAGUCUAGACUUCAAGACUUCUGUCAAAAAGUGCCUUCAUGAUAAUCAAUGAUUUAUCGAUUUACAAAUUUGAUAAAAAAAAGCAGGUAUAGAGAAAUUAAUAAAAUAAUGGAUGCACGUCAUGAAUGACGUCGAAAUUAUUGCCAAUUGCAGUUUGUAAGAAAUUAAAAUUCGUUUUAAACUCAGAGCGUAUUUUCUCUUUUGUUUAACCCUAGUUAAAAAGAGAUAGAAUGCUAUCGGAUCAUAUAAGCGAAUCUGCCGAUAAAAUGGGAUUUAGGUUGGCACUCGUGGGUAAUAUUGCCAAAUGUUGCCUUCUGCAAAUUUUCGGUUAUUGAUUUUAAUAAUUUAAGGUUUGUUGUCAGUUUUUAACGAGUCGGGGAUUGAUAGUUGGGAUAUAAAAUUGCAUUAAGGGAAUUUUGUUUUUUUGGUAUUAGUGAUUCUUAUCAAUUUAUUAUUGAAAAUGUAACCUGGGAAAAUGAAAAACUUUACUAGACACGGUAUGUCAAAGUAAAACGAAGUUGAUGCGGCAACAUUGCAACAUGCUAACGUCAUAAAUAUUGAUGAAGUGCAUCCAUUAUUUUAUUAAUUUCCCUAUACCUACUCACAAACGCAUGAAAAUAUACUAGGUGAAUCUGAAACUGGAGAUAUUUUUGUGAAAAUAGAGAGAUUUAGCCCAAUUUUCUCAACAUUUGUUAAAAAAGCUUGUUUGGUAUUAAAACUUAUCCUCUGAUUUGAUUCUCUUUUCAGACACACCUUGUAUUUUCCUAGAGAGAGCUAUUUAAAAUAAGGAACUCUUAAAAAAAUGAUAUUAAAAGUCAAUCUUUGUUUGUGAUAAUAUGUUUAAUUUAGCGUAUAGUUAGUGUUAAAUAUAGUUUAACAAUGUCUUAUUGUUGUCAAAUUUUUAAUUAUAAAUAAUUUUUCAAUUAUAAUGCACAAAACUUUGCCCAAAAUAUUUAUUGACAAUCAACUCAUUUGCUUUACGCUCUUGCCUCUUGUUUAUGCAGAAUUAGAAUUGCAAAUAUUCGAGGUCUGCUUUCACAGAAAUCACAAAACACACUCAGGGCCAGAGGGAUUCUGAUCUGUGUGAUCGCGGUGAAAUAUGCCUCAGCGAAAUUGGCUCUUUUUGCGUCAGAAUUAAGGCCGCGUUAAUGGCCGCCAUGUUUAAAUUUAGUUUUUGAAAAUGACGACUGCGUCACUCUACACAUACGGUUCAAUAUUUUAUUAUUUGUCCAAAACAAAAUCUGUUUGUCGGUGAAACACUUAGUGACAGAGAAAGACAAAUAUACAAUUAUGAUGCUCCCAAUGUAGCUUUUUUGCUGUGGCGCCAUCUACUUGAAAUUGCUUGAACUGUUUUCACCUUGAAAAUUCGUUUUAAGGUCAUCUCAAAAAAUCCGCAAAAAUUUCCAAAAUCCUUUGGCAUAAACAUGAUUUGAUAUAUUAUCUACAAUCUCUACAAUUAGCUUUUUUGCUUUUUUUAGUUUUUCGUGGUUAUCAAUAAAAUAUGCUUUUCACGGAUCCAAUCUUGAUAAACAUGCACAUAUGCAACCACCAACACAUUUAAUUGUUUUGGUGGUUGCGAACAUGAUUUUUGAAUUUUUAAAAAAAGGCUGAAUGUUGAAAAACCAAAUAAGGAAUUGUAGAUAAGCGAUCAAAUAAUGUUUAUGCCAAAUUUGAGCCAAUUCUGAUGUGCCGUUUUUUUAAAGACCUUAAAACAAGUUUCGAAAAAUCAACCAAUCACAGUUUAAACAUGGCGGUCAUUAACGCAGCCUUAAGAUUUGAAGAAAGCGCUUUAUGUCAUUCUGGAGCCAAACAAGUUUGUCACAAGAAGGGAAAAAUAGUAGAUUAUACCACGAGUCAAUAAUGAUAGCUAUUAUUCCCGAGGAUUAUUACGAACUGAGCCGCGUUAGCGGCGAGGGAGUAACAUUCCGAGGGAAUAAUAGCCAUUAUUGCGAGUAGUAUACUCUACUUUAUUUACGACAAAUUAAUUUAUUUGAGAUUUUCAAUGAACAAAUUUCAUCCGUCUCAUAAUUUUCAAUACAAAUCCACAAGCACUACACGUUUGACACUGACACUUUUGUGGAAUAAUGACCAUUAAUCCCGCUACUCGUCAUUAAUCCCUGGAGGAAUAACAUAUGUCAUUAUACUGCCAAGAUCACAAAUAUAAUACGCACAUUAUACAUUAGUCGUAAAUAAAAUUAAUAAAAUUUAUUUCACUUUUUGCUACUAGUAGGUAGUAUCAAAAUGUAGAAGUUUUGCGAUAAUUAUUCGCAUAUGAGUAUGUGGCCUUGAAUUUUUGCAUUUUGCAACUUUUAUUGUAAUUUUUUAACACGGAAUAAAUUGUUUAA